ACUAAUUUGAGUGUCCUGGAUUUACAUUAACUAUGUUACGUGUAGUCUAUGAGACCAGGCUGCCUUUCUAGACCCUAGUCAUGUGUCAGAAUGGAAAUGAGAAUGUAUGUUUUAUAUAUAUGUACUACCAGGACUACUACAACUAAUUAUCAUUCGUAGUAAAAAAUAAAAUACAAUCUAACAGCUGUAGGCUCUACACUAUACAGCUGAAUACCAUCAAUGCUUUUCAAUGGUUUCUCUCUGCUUCUCUUAUUUCUAACUGUUUCUUUCCAUGAAUGGCUGCAGUCUCUGACAUCCAUUCGUGAAAAAUAUGAACAAGCAUUGAUCAAGAUCCAACAGCUGAAGAAGGAGCAAAAGGAGUUGAAAGGGAAGGUUGAGGUCCAAAGUGUGGAGAUUGCACAGCUGACCCCAAGGCUCAAAUCUGAGCAGGAGACCGUCAGACUGGAGGAUUACAUUCAACUUCUACAGGAGGCUCGGACACAGUUGCACCAGGAGCAGCAGGCUUCCAACAACACCCGCAGACGUGCAGAGAAAGCCGAGAGGGAACUGGAAGAGGUCUAUGAGCGCAUGGAGAGCACUUCCAUGACGUCUGCUCAGACCAAGCAGAAGAGCAGUAAACUAGAGAUGCAACUUUUAGAGUUACGCAGAAUCAUUGAGGAGAAAGAAAACAUAGCAGAGAUGGCUAAAGUAGAAAAUGAGGAGUUGUCCAGAGAAAAUCAGGACCUCAGAAGAGAUAUUGAGAGACUUCGCAAGGAGUUCACUGACCUCCCGACUGCACCAGUGUCCUUGGAGCCUCCCAGCCCUUAUGGCUCUCCAGCUGACCCCACCCCUACUGAGGAGCAGCAGCUAGAUGUACUAUCUGAGACCCCAGAAACUGCUCCAAACUCCAAGGAGGAAGAGUUGUCCUUGGAGUGUCGUCACUGCCAUGAGUGGUUCCCUGGCAUCACCCAGGAUGAGCUGGGGCUGCAUGAGGACAGCCACAGACUGUGCCCCUACUGCACCCUCAUCUGUGACGGAGUGGAGCAGACUAUAUUUGAAGACCACGUCUUCAGCCAUGAGGUGUAGAGAUGCCACAUCCUCACAACCCAUCAUACAGAAAGUUGCUGAGAGUAGACUAAAUCUGAAACUCUACGGAUGAUGUUCCUAACAACCCAUCAUACAGAGAGUUGCUGAGAGUAGACUAAAUCUGAUACUCUACGGAUGAUGCACCUAACAACCCGUCAUACAGAGAGUUGCUGAGAGGAGACUAAAUCUGAUACUCUACGGAUGAUGCACCUAACAACCCGUCAUACAGAGAGUUGCUGAGAGGAGACUAAAUCUGAUACUCUACGGAUGAUGCUCCUAACAACCCAUCAUACAGAGAGUUGCUGAGAGUAGACUAAAUCUGAUACUCUACGGAUGAUGCUCCUAACAACCCAUCAUACAGAGAGUUGCUGAGAGUAGACUAAAUCUGAUACUCUACGGAUGAUGUUUCUAACAACCCAUCAUACAGAGAGUUGCUGAGAGUAGACUAAAUCUGAUACUCUACGGAUGAUGCUCCUAACAACCCAUCAUACAGAGAGUUGCUGAGAGUAGACUAAAUCUGAUACUCUACGGAUGAUGUUUCUAACAACCCAUCAUACAGAGAGUUGCUGAGAGUAGACUAAAUCUGAUACUCUAUGGAUGAUGCUCCUAACAACCAUUUAUACAGAGAGUUGCUGAGAGUAGACUAAAUCUGAAACUCUACGGAUGAUGCUCCUAACAACCCAUCAUACAGAGAGUUGCUGAGAGUAGACUAAAUCUGAUACUCUACGGAUGAUGUUUCUAACAACCCAUCAUACAGAGAGUUGCUGAGAGUAGACUAAAUCUGAUACUCUACGGAUGAUGUUUCUAACAACCCAUCAUACAGAGAGUUGCUGAGAGUAGACUAAAUCUGAUACUCUACGGAUGAUGUUUCUAACAACCCAUCUAGAACAUUAUAAAACAAACAUUUAUAUCCCCCUGUUCAUAAAUGUUCUCUUGUCUAAGACUGUCCAUUCUUAAUUUCAGUCUUAGUAGAGAUUUACCUCCAUUGCUGGUCAAUAGGAAUGUAUUGCUUUGCUUUUUAAUGGUUUCUCUAUUGUUAUAAACUACGUUUACUUUGGCUUAUUGCACUAUACUGACUCUCUCCCCUUAAACCUGCUGCUAAUAUAUGUGUUGCAUAUUAGAGUCAAAUUAUUCAUUGCCAAAUGAUUCAUGCCCAAAUGAUUCAUGCCCAAAUGAUUCAUGCCCAAAUGAUUCAUGCCCAAAUGUUUAACGGUCAAAUGAUUGAAAGUUGAAAUGGGAUUAAUGUGGGAAGAUUUUUGUUGUUGUUAUAUUCACAGUUGUCUUGACAUGAAAUAAACAUUGUUUUGUAUCAUGAACUACAAUAUUCAAAGAAUUACUAUGCUAUUUAAAUAGAAGGUUGUUGAAUAUAAUGAAUAAUACAACAACAAAAAAUUAAUUCAUGACAACUGCCUCAGAACAUAACAUUUGUAACCUAGUUUUCAUCUCCAGCUAUGUAUUCCACCUAGUCAGAAGUGACUUUUUCGUAGCAGGUUAGGAGAACUUAUGCAGCAGGUUAGGAGAAUUAACGUAGAAGGUUAGGAGACUGAGGUUAAGGUUAGGGAAAGGGUUAGGGUUAGUUACAUUGCUCUCCUAACCUGUAACGAAAAGUAACAUCCGGUCGUAGCUGUACUCCAUCUAGUCACAACCAGAGAGGAGGGCUGACAGCAGCCAAUAGUGUGGCUCUGCAGAUGAUUGGGAAUCCAAUGCAUGUAGCCUGAUCAGUCAUUAAUUAGGCUAAAUGACUUGACAAAAAUGUUUGUUAGAGGAAUUUUGCAACCCUAAUUUAACUGUAAAGAAACGCUCCACUUCGCUAGAGGGUGCUUUUUGGCCCUGGUCAAAAGUAGUGCACUAUAAAGGGAAUAGGGUGCUAUUUGGCAUGCAGCCCCAUGACAUAUGUUUGUUUGCCAUUAUAUCAUUGAAUAAGAACUAAGAGAAUGUAGCAUUUAUGUCAUUAAUAUAUAAGCACUCAAGACUACAAUAUUAGUAGGUAUGCAUGGGGGUGGGGCGGGGGAUAUCAUGAGUUAUAAUGAUAAUGUGUGAACCACUAAGAUGUUUGUUUGCGUUUAUUGAAAAUGAUAUUGUACAUUGGUUACGCUGUCUGUCCUUCCUGUUCUCUUCAACCAGUGUCAUGAGCCCCGUUUAAACCUGGUUCUAACAUGAGUCCUUUGUCCUAAUCUUGUCCACAUUCUGGCUGUGCGCACAUUUUCAGACAGGUGUAGAUGAUUCACGCAUUGUGAUGUGAUUGUGAUCAGAUCUUCCUGCCCAUCUCUGGAGGUAGUUAAGCACGCAUUGAAUAUGGACAAGAUCAGGACACAGGUAACACCAGGUAUAAAUAGGGCCAAGAUCUGCCUGUGUGAU